AUGGUGUCCCUCAAGCUUCAGAAGCGCCUCGCGGCCAGCGUGAUGAAAUGUGGCCAGAAGAAGAUCUGGCUCGACCCGAAUGAGGUCAGCGAGAUCUCUAUGGCGAACUCUCGCCAGGCUGUCCGUAAGCUCGUCAAGGAUGGCUACAUCAUCCGAAAGCCCCCCGUGAUGCACUCGCGCGCUCGCGUAAGGAAGAACCUCCUGGCCAAGCGCAAGGGUAGGCACAUGGGUGUCGGUAAGAGGAGGGGUACCCGUAACGCCCGUAUGCCCGAGAAGGUCAUCUGGAUCAGGCGCAUGCGUGUGCUCAGGAGGCUUCUCCGCAAGUACCGUGAGGCCAAGAAGAUCGACAAGCACUUGUACCACGAGCUCUACAUGAAGGUCAAGGGUAACGUCUUCAAGAACAAGCGUGUGCUCAUGGAGUACAUCUGGAAGGCCAAGGCUCAGAAGAUCAAGGACAAGGCCGAGCAGGAGCAGGGUGAGCUCAGGCGUCAGAAGAACCGUCAGAUGAGGGAGCGUCGCGCCAAGCGCCUCGACGAGAGGAGGAAGGUCCUCCUCGGCGAGGACAAGAAGGCCGUCAAGAAGGAGGAGACCGGCAAGAAGGCCGCCGCCCCCGCUGCCGCUGCCGCCCCCAAGGUCAGCAAGAACCAGAAGAAGAAGGAGGCUGCCAAGGCCGCCGCCGCUGCCGCCCCCGCCAAGGCUGCCGCUCCCGCCAAGGCCGCCGCCCCCAAGAAGGAGGAGACCAAGGCCGCCGCCCCCAAGGCUGCUGCUCCCGCCAAGGCCGCCGCCCCCAAGAAGGAGGAGACCAAGGCUGCCGCCCCCAAGGCCGCUGCUGCCAAGCCCGCCGCCAAGGCUGCCGCUCCCAAGAAGGAGGCUGCCAAGCCCGCCGCCGCCAAGCCCGCUGCCAAGGGCGGCAAGAAGGGUGGCAAGUAA